UCCGCGGGAACGACGUCACUUUGGCGCCGAAUCAGACGGAGUUAAGCGCGCGGAAGAAACAUCGAUGCUUCGGAAAUUUUAAUAACACGAAUAUAUAUUAAAACAUAUUCUGGAUUUACUCAAUAUCAGCAGUGCAAGACAUCAACAAUGCAGCGAAGCAUAGCGUCAUUCUUUCAGCCAAUGAAAGGCAAGGAUAAGAGUGAUGGACAGGUCAAAGUAAAGGCUGAACCUGUUAAAAGUCCCCUCAAAAUUCAGAAUGGCGUGCAGGAAAGUGAUUCACCCGUAAAGAAGGUUCAUAAACGUAGUCGAGCAAUCAUAGACAGUGAUGAUGAAGAUGAGCCGCUGGUUAAAGAACAAGUGCCAAAACAGAGUGAAGUUCAAACGGUAAAACCAGAGAAGAUUUCUGAUGUUACAACGGCUUCUUCCACUCCUGUUACUCCAAAAACUCCCAAAACCCCAACAACUCCGGUCACUUCCAGUGCCUCUGUUGCUGUCGUAACCCCUGCUUCCUCAGGCACUCCAGCAACUCCAACAUCAACAUCACCGUCAGGCAUUCCCAAACGGAAAACAGCCCGUAAGCAGUUCCCCAAAAGGAAGCUGGAAAGCAGGAGCGAUGGAGAGGGGUCAAAAGAGGAGGAGGAGGAGGAGAAAGAGGAAGUUGGAGGCCAGGAGAGUAAGAGAGCGCGAGUGGAGGAAUCACUUGAGCAGACAGAGAAUGAGAUGAUGGAGGUGGAAGAGAAGAGUGCGGAUGGAAAGACAGUAGUGGAGGAACGGAAAGAUGAGGAUGAAGUAAAGACGAGUAAAGUUGUGGACAAUGCAAACAAUGAGAUGAAAGAGAAUGAUAAAGAUGAUAAGCAGAAGAAAAAGAUAAAUGAAGAGAAUAAGAAAAAAGAGAAUGAUAAAAAUGAUGAGCAGAAGAAAAAGAUAAAUGAAGAGAAUAAGAAGAAAGAAAAAUUAGAAGACAAGAAAGAGAAGGAAGAUAGCAGUCCUGAACGAUUAGAGAAAAAAGAGAGAGACGCAGAAGACGAGGGGGGAUCGGCCAAAAAGAAACCCAUCAGCAGCUUUUUUGCACCCAGAAAGGCAGCUGUAAAACUGGAAAAGGAGGAGCGCAAUGUGGGAGAGAAAAAGAAGAAUGGAGAAAUCCCUGAUGUCGCUGAACAGAAAGGGAAUAAAAGUGAAAAGGGGGUGGAGUCUCCCAUGGAGAGCCAGUAUGAUCCCUCCAGAGCACCGUACCAUCCCAUUGAACAUGCCUGCUGGAGCAGGGGCCAAAAAGUGCCAUAUUUGGCUGUUGCUCGCACAUUUGAAAAGAUUGAAGAUGAUUCGGGAAGGCUGAAAAACAUUGAAACUCUUUCCAACUUUUUGCGCUCUGUAAUUCUUCUUACUCCAGAUGACCUGUUAUGUUGUGUAUACCUGUGUCUGAACCAGCUCGGCCCUGCGUAUCAGGGUCUGGAGCUGGGCAUCGGGGAGACUGUCCUGAUGAAAGCCGUCGCUCAAGCAACCGGCCGACAGUUGGACAAAAUCAAGGCGGAGGCUCAGGAGAAAGGUGACCUGGGAUUGGUUGCUGAGAGUUCCCGCAGCAAUCAGAGAAUGAUGUUUAAACCGUCCAUUCUGACCGCAGUGGGUGUUUUCAACAAACUGAAAGAGAUUGCUAACAUGAGUGGAAACUCUGUAAUGAAUAAGAAGAUUGACAUUAUUAAAGGGUUGUUUGUGGCGUGUCGGUUUUCCGAGGCCCGAUACAUUGUGCGGUCAUUGGCGGGGAAGCUGCGGAUCGGAUUGGCUGAGCAGAGUGUUCUCGCUGCUCUCAGUCAGGCUGUGUGUCUGACGCCCCCGGGCCAAGAGUUCCCACCAGCUGUGCUGGAUGCAGGGAAAGGAAAGAGUUCAGAAAACAAGAAAGUGUGGCUGGAGGAAAAAGCACUGAUCCUGAAACAGACAUACUGUGAGAUGCCCAAUUAUGAUGCAAUCAUUCCUGUAUUGCUGAAGGAUGGCAUAGAUGAACUGCCCAAUCACUGCAAGCUCACCCCAGGUGUGCCCCUGCGACCCAUGUUAGCUCACCCAACUAAAGGGGUCGGUGAGGUAAUGAAACGUUUUGAUGAGGCAUCUUUCACCUGCGAAUAUAAAUACGAUGGAGAGAGGGCACAGGUCCAUAUUCUUGAGAAUGGAGAUGUACGCAUUUUUAGCCGAAACCAAGAGGACAACACAAGCAAAUACCCUGAUAUUAUCUCAAGAAUCCCUCAGGUGAAAAAGGAGAAUGUACGGUCCUGUGUUUUGGAUUCAGAGGCGGUGGCCUGGGACAGAGAAAAGAAACAGAUUCAGCCGUUUCAGGUCCUCACCACGAGGAAGAGGAAGGAUGUUGAUGCAUCUGAGAUCAAGGUUCAAGUGUGUGUCUACGCCUUUGACCUUCUGUACCUCAACGGAGAGUCUCUGGUACGAGAGCCUCUAAGCAAACGCAGGGCUCUUUUACGGGAGAGUUUUGAGGAGAAAGAAGGAGAGUUUGUUUUUGCUCGAUCCCUGGAUGCUGACGACACGGAAACCAUCGCUGAGUUCUUGGAGCAGUCUGUACGAGAUUCUUGUGAGGGUCUAAUGGUGAAAACAUUGGACAAACAUGCAACUUAUGAAAUUGCCAAACGCUCACACAAUUGGCUCAAGCUGAAGAAGGACUAUCUGGAGGGUGUUGGAGACACAUUGGAUCUGUGUGUGAUUGGUGCUUAUCUGGGGAAAGGGAAGAGAACAGGCAGCUAUGGAGGAUUUCUACUAGCCUGUUAUGAUGAGGAGAAUGAGGAGUUCCAGUCUGUCUGCAAGAUUGGAACAGGCUUCAAAGAUGAAGAUCUGGAGCAGCAUUACAAUUUCUUAAAGGAGCACAUUUUACCUAAACCACGGCCGUAUUACCGCGUGGACCAAUCAGCAGAGCCGGAUGUCUGGCUAGAUGCAGUGCAAGUGUGGGAGGUGAAAUGCGCUGAUCUUUCACUGUCUCCAGUCUAUAAGGCAGCGAUGGGAUUGGUGGACCCAGAGAAAGGCAUUUCACUCCGUUUCCCAAGAUUCCUGAGGAUUAGAGAUGACAAAAAAGCAGAGGAUGCCACCACAGGAUCACAGAUUGCUGGACUCUACAACAAACAGCAGCAGAUUCAAAAUCAGGGUGACAAACCAGAUUUGGAGGACUACUAUUGAUCUCUGCUUUCUGAUUCGCUUCCAUUGUCAGCUACUCUCAUUCCAAUUGGUCGAUGGAUGAUUUUCCAAUAUAAUUUGUUGCAUAUUAACAUGCUGAAUUUUAAUGCGUGAUAUUGUGAGACUUAAUGAAAAAUGGAAAUGAACAUGUAAAUAGCCUUUCAACUAUAUAGAGCGAAAAUAAACACUUGCUUUUCACUAUU